UUCGAACAUUUAUGAUAGAUGCGACGAAGCCGAUUUAUCCCUCAACCAAUCAGCGUCCUUUGACAGGCGGAUGUGGUUUGCGGGGAAAUUGGGCCAAUCACAGAGCACCACUGUCUAGUCGGAGGCGGGACUUGAGCCAGUAAUAGUAAGUUGGCACACGUCAAUCAAACGGAACGCGCGCUCCUUAUUGGCCCGUCGUUUUGAAUGAGGUGGGUCUUACAGAUGCACACCGUGUAAGCUACUGUUGAAAUUCCAAUGCUAACCAACUUUAGCCAUCUCGCUAACAUGUAAUUUAGCUGCAUUUACGGCGCUAUUCUGGAUUUAACGCGCACGAUACUUUUCACGUCUGACACGAGAAUACGGAAAUAAACGCCUUGAUGUUUGGUAGUGCGUACGAGUCCACCACCGCGACCAGGACAUGUCCAGUUAGCCAGACCGAAGCCAUCGGUGGGUAACGAACCUGGGGACCUAGCUAGCCAAGCAGCAGCAGGAGCCCCCCGCACUGCCUGGGGUCUGCGUGGAAGGGUUUGAACAGGUUCACCGACCCCAGAGGACAGGCGAAGAUCCGGAUGCUGUGACUACCAUGAGUCCCGCGGGCUGCCCCCAUGUCAGCGGCUUCAAAGUGGACAACUGGAAGCAGAACCUGAGGGUUAUUUAUCAGUGUUUCGUCUGGAGCGGUUCAGCCGAGACCAGAAAACGCAAGGCCAAGUCCUGUGUCUGCCACAUGUGCGGCGCCCACCUCAACAGACUCCACUCCUGCCUCUACUGCGUCUUCUUCGCCUGCUUUGCCAAAAAACACAUCCACGAACAUGCCAAGAGCAAAAGGCAUAACCUUGCUAUUGACCUGCUGUAUGGAGGCAUUUACUGCUUUAUGUGCCAAGACUACAUCUAUGAUAAAGACAUGGAACAGAUUGCCAAGGAGGAACAGAGAAAAGCCUGGAAAAUGCAAGGCAUCGGGGAGAAGUUCUCAACCUGGGAGCCCACAAAGAGGGAGCUAGAGUUACUCCGACAUAACCCCAAGAGGCGGAGAAUCACCUCCAACUGUACCAUAGGCCUCCGUGGUCUCAUAAACCUGGGCAACACCUGCUUCAUGAACUGCAUCGUCCAGGCGCUGACGCACACUCCACUGCUGCGUGACUUCUUCCUGUCCGAUCGCCAUAAAUGCGAGAUGCAGAGCAACUCUUGCCUGGUGUGUGAGAUGUCGCAACUUUUCCAGGAGUUCUACUCAGGCCAUCGCUCCCCUCACAUCCCGUUCCGUCUCCUCCACCUGGUGUGGACUCAUGCCCGUCACCUGGCCGGAUACGAGCAGCAGGAUGCACACGAGUUCCUUAUUGCAGCGCUGGAUGUCCUGCACAGACACUGCAAAGAUGACAACGGGAAGAAAGCCAACAACCCCAACCACUGUAACUGUAUCAUCGACCAAAUCUUCACAGGGGGUCUGCAGUCGGACGUCACCUGUCAAGUCUGCCAUGGUGUCUCAACGACCAUAGACCCAUUCUGGGACAUCAGUCUGGACCUGCCGGGCUCCUCAACCCCAUUCUGGCCCCUCAGUCCUGGAGGAGAUGGAUCAGCACUUAACGGAGAGAGUCACACCACUGGAGCAACAACACUUACAGACUGUCUGCGCAGGUUCACCAGACCAGAGCACCUUGGCAGCAGCGCAAAGAUCAAGUGCAGCGGUUGCCAUAGUUACCAGGAGUCCACCAAGCAGCUAACCAUGAAGAAGUUGCCCAUCGUGGCCUGUUUUCAUCUCAAAAGGUUCGAACAUUCGGCCAAACUGCGGCGGAAGAUCACCACCUACGUGUCCUUCCCGUUAGAGCUGGACAUGACGCCCUUCAUGGCCUCCAGUAAAGAGAGCAGGAUGAACGGCCAGUACCAGCAGACGGUGGACCCCUUCAACAACGACAACAAGUACAGUCUGUUUGCAGUGGUGAACCACCAGGGGACACUAGAGAGUGGACAUUACACCACCUUCAUCCGGCAGCACAAGGACCAGUGGUUCAAAUGUGACGACGCCAUCAUCACCAAGGCCAGCAUCAAGGACGUCCUGGACAGCGAAGGGUACCUUUUGUUCUACCAUAAACAGUUCCUGGAGUACGAAUAGACCAGCCUGUCAGAGAAGACCGUGGACAACGUGGACAUUUAGUUGCAUGGGCGAAGGUAACGGAGACAGACACACAAUCCUACCUGAACUCUAAACCUCUGGAGACACAAGUUCAACAAAACAAAUCUGGCAGCACUAACAGUUAAACUGUACGACGUGUAAGAGUGAACUGUCUGCUGUGCAAGAUUGUUGUUCACUGGAAUUACGAAGGUUCAAACAACAGAAUUCGACUGUGAGUCAAAGGAUGAGGGCGCUGAGGACUGUGUGAUGGACAGUAGGUUGUGUCCCUGCUGUGUUUGUCCUCUGUCCUCAACACACACACACACAGAAGGUUUAGUUUUACUUGAUCACAAAUGCUGUUUCUGCGCCAACUUCACGCUCACACAGUUGCAAAUAAUCCCUUUGGAAGGCGAGAGGAGGCGGAGCUGCGGCGUUCCACAGGGGGAACUCGGCGGUACUUCAUCCAGAAACUAGACAUGGACAGCCCCUCCCACAUGAGGAUUACCCACUGUCCACACACAAGCACACCUGUUGAACCUGAAAUGACCAAAUAUUCCAAGGAUGAAAGUCGUCUUAUUAUGCAUUUUUCUUCAGAAUGCAGG